UUUCGCUAUUGCCGCGUUUUAUUGCAAUUUUAUUAUAUGUUCACGAGCCCAUCGCCACGGAAACGGUUUCCCACCCCAUGUCGCUUCUUUGCUCAGGGGAUCUGUCGUGCCGGGCAAGAAUGUCUUUUUGCACAUUUACUUCCCAUGCAAGGCACCCCACGUAAUGAGCAUCAUGCCGUGUUUACCGACGACAUGAUCGAUGACGCGUUACCGACCCCUUCCAAUUCCAUACAAAAAGCCAUUCGAGACUUAGAAAUGAAUCAGCUCCAUAAAAAAUACAAAUCAAGAUUCCGCAAGAUCAGCACGAACAAUCACCAUACCAUUAUUGAAGUCGCUUUACCUCAGCACGCAAACUCGGCCAUUCUUCAUUUAUAUAUUCCAAACGACUAUCCAGAUGUUCAAUGCACAAUUCGUAUUCAAAAUACCAACAAUGCCCCCGAAGUAACAUGGCACAUUCAAGACGCACUAAAAACACAACCUUGGCAUCAUAUGCGACAUACCACGCUUGUGCAGCAGCUGGACUGGAUUAGCACAGAAAUUGCCACACUAUCACAAGCAUAGCCACUUUUUUGUACAAAAUCAGACAUUCUAUAUUAAAUAUGUUUUUUGG